AUGGCAGGCUCUUGCAGGACUCUGUUGUCCUUUUCGCAACGUUCUGUCUCUUCCUCUGCCCAGCAUGUACGCAGGUUCCAUGCCUCACCAACUGCAAUGUCCACGCUGGCAGCCUUCAAACUACCAAACAUCUCCAACGAGCCAAACAAACACUAUGCGAAAGGCUCACCUGACAGAGAAGAACUGGCAGCUGCUCUGGAAACGUUGAAGCAGAAAGCACCACUGGACAUUCCGAUCGUGGUUACCGGCAAGCCCAUCAAGACGUCCACCGUCCUUACGCAGAACGUCCCCUCCUCUCACGCGACAACCAUUGCAAAGUACUCAAAUGCCUCCACGGAGGAUGUCAACAAAGCUAUUGAGGAAGCCCUUGCUGCAAAGCCUGCAUGGGAAGCUCUUCCUUUCGCUGACCGAGCUGCUGUCUUCCUCAAGGCCGCCGAUUUGAUCAGCACAAAAUACAGAUACGAGGUCAUGGCUACAACAAUGCUAGGACAAGGCAAGAAUGCAUGGCAAGCAGAGAUUGACGCAGCGGCCGAAUUGAUCGACUUCUUGAGGUUCAAUGUCAGAUAUGCUGAAGAGCUGUAUGCACAACAGCCACCCUAUAACUCGCCCGGUGUAUGGAACAGACUCGAAUACAGGCCUCUGGAAGGAUUUGUCUACGCUAUUUCACCUUUCAACUUCACUGCCAUUGGCGGCAACCUUGCUGGUGCUCCUGCUUUGAUGGGCAAUGUGGUUUUGUGGAAGCCCAGUCCGUCAGCAAUCGCGUCGAACUAUCUGGUCUAUCAAAUCCUGCUGGAAGCUGGUCUUCCUGCGGGUGUGGUCCAGUUCGUUCCCGGCGACGCGGAAGAGGUGACCAAGGCUAUUCUGUCUCAUAAACAGUUCGCCGCACUUCACUAUACAGGCUCUACCGCGGUCUUCCGCAAGCUGUACGGUCAGAUCGGCCAAGGAAUUGCAGAGGGCAGAUACAAGGGAUAUCCUAGGAUAGUGGGCGAGACUGGAGGCAAGAACUUCCACCUGAUCCAUAAGAGCGCAGACAUCGACAACGCGGCCAUACAGACGGUUCGAGGAGCAUUUGAGUACCAGGGCCAGAAAUGCAGCGCAACGUCGAGGGUGUACGUGCCUUCCUCGAUAUGGUCGGACUUCAAGACGAAAUUGGUCUCUGAGACGGAAAACUUGAAGGUUGGACCUCCUGAGGAGUUUGGAAACUUCAUUGGUCCAGUCAUCCACGAGGCUAGCUUCAAGAAGCUCUCUGGUGCCAUUGACGCGGCGAAAGACGACUCGACUCUCGAACUGCUCACUGGUGGUAAAUACGAUGACAGCAAAGGAUACUUUAUUCACCCCACCAUUUACCUUGCGAAAGACCCGACUCACAAAUACUUCAGCCAGGAAUUCUUUGGACCCAUUCUGACAGUCCAUGUCUAUGACGACUCAAAGCCGGAUGCAUUUGAACAGAUCUGCAAGGUCGUGGACAGCACUUCGGAUUAUGGCCUUACCGGCGCUGUUUUUGCUCAAGAUCGUGCAGCGAUCAGAUACGCGGAGGAGGCUUUGAGAAAUGCUGCUGGCAAUUACUACAUUAACUGCAAGAGCACUGGAGCUGUUGUUGGACAACAACCUUUUGGCGGCGCUCGCGCAUCUGGAACCAAUGACAAGGCCGGAUCUGCAGCCAUCCUGUCGCGUUUCGUGAGCAUGAGGUCGCUGAAGGAAGAGACACUGCCCAUCUCGAAAACGGAAUAUCCUUCCAAUGAUGUGUAG